AUGCUGAAGCGUGUGGCACACGCAUCGUGGCUCCUCUGGCUGCUGAGUGUGCUGACCUUGCCGACGGCCGCUGUCGCUCCGCCGGCGCCGCCCACCCCGGGCAGCCCGCUGUCGGACCGGGAGUACCGGGAGUUCUUUGUGAAGCUGCACCCGCCCUGGCAGGCCAACAUGUUCUGCCUGCUGCGCCAGGCGUACGGCUGCCUGAGCCCCACCAUCCUGCGCCUGGACCGGGAGGAGAACCGCGGAGAAAUCCCCGAAGGGCCAGUCUGCAGUGAAUUUCCAGAGAUGGAGCAGUUCCAGACCUUCUGCCAGUUCGCCCAGUAUCGCUGCCUCAAACAGCAGUUCUUCGUCAAGUUUCUCCCUCCCUCCUCCGCGCAGCGAGUCCCGUGUUUGGGUGGGUCUCUAACAAGCCCUUCCCCGACGGAGCCAUCCAGCACCGUCAACUCCUCGACCGAGGGCGGAGGCUCCCCUGUCACACAAGGUCAGAAGGCACCGCUGACGAAGCACCCCACAGCCACAGCCACGCCAAAGGCGCCCAUACCCUGGCAGAAGAGCAGGACUACGCACGCAGCAGUCCUCAGGGCUCCCACCUCACCUUCCAGGACGGAAUCCCCUGAGGAACAAAGCCUGAGGAAAAGCAUCUGGCACCUGAUCCAUUCGGCCCUUUCCGUGGAUGCCUCCUUGGACACCAAGAACUCCUCUUGGAACUCCACCAGCUCGGGCCCAGGACACGCAUCAGAGCAGGAGAUUCCCCCCCGAGGCAGCCUUCUAGCCCUGCAGAACGAUGAGGCAGUGCUGGUCCUGUGCUACGCAGUGCUGGAGGGGAAUUGCCUCUCAUCGAUGCUCACCAAGGCCUGGAAGGAGAUGGAAAAAAGAGUCUUUGGGUUCGGAGACUUGGUGUGUGACAGCUUUGGGCGGCACCACGAGGACCUGUGCCCCGACUGCGCUUUCUGCUCGCUGAAGAGGGAGCAGUGCCAGAACGUCGAGACCCUGAACCGCGUUCACUGCGACUCGGGCAGCUUCUCCACCUACAUCAACCCUCAGAUCUCAGCCCAGCACAACGAAAUAGAGGGCAAGUCCAGGUCCCCACAGACCCUGGAGCACUACAACUUGGACUUUUUGAGAGGGAUGCGGAUGGAGUACUGGUGCAGCCGGAUGGCCGUCUAUGGCUGUAGGGACCCUGCUGUGACCCUCUGGCUGAAGGCAGAGUAUGAUGCCUUCCAAGACAACAGCUCGGGAAAGAUCUGCGACUCGAGCGGCGUUCAGCAUCCCAACUAUUGCAUGUUCAAGAGCUACCAGUGCCUCCUGAAGAGCAUCUACAACCAGAGGGUGGCUCGCGUGCCGUGCCAGCGUGACAAGGCCUACCAGGUGCUGAGUGCGAAGGAGGGAGACAAGGAGGUGAAGCUGUGGCAAGAGAAGUUCCAGAGCCUCUCCGGGCAGCAAUCAAAAAAUGAUUAAAGUUCAUAACGACCUUCAAGAUAGUCAAGGCCUUUGACCA